CACACACACACAGGCAGCUCCGCCUCCUCUGCAGUGUAGCGAGAGCUAGAGAGGGGCAGCAAUGGAGGAGCGUGCAGUACAGCAGGAGAAAAUAGAGGGAUCAUGGGAAGGAGGGCACGAUGGAGGGAAGGCGGACUGGAAGAGCGAGCGCUCCCUCUCCUCGCUCCUUAAACACUCCUGUCUCCUCUGCUGGUCGUCCCCUAGGGACACCGACGUUGUGGAGACGGAUGAGCGGGUCCUCGCCAAGACUGCCGAGAUCAGAGUAAGAAGACCGCAGCACCUCGCACUGGAGCUGGAGAACGCGGUGACAGUGGAGAACCUGGAACUUCAGGAGCAGCAGACGGACCGCUAUGAGCUGGAGGAGACUCUGGCUAAGUUAGAGACGCACAAGCAGAAGCUGGUGCAGCAAAUAAAGGCAACUAGGCAGCUGUGCUAUGAGGAGAGUCAACAGAUCCUGUCUCUGCAGGCGGAGGAGGUGCAGAAGGAGAGCCAGGUGGAGGAGUACGAGAGGGAGCUCGCCAGAGUCAGGUGGAGGCUGAAGAGGCUCAGAGACGAGGUGAAGCAGGCCAAGAGGAAGACAGAGGAGGCAGGGGAGAGGAACACCCCCCUGCAGGACUCCAUCAGGCAGUCCUAUGAAGAGAUCCUGCAGGAAGAGCACACCCUGUGCUCUCUGUCAGGAAGUGCAGUCACUCCAGAGAGCCAGCUGGAGGAGUCCACAUCCCCUGCAGACACCACCGAAGAUGAUCCGCUUCCCAUGAGGCCGUGGGGAAGGAGCCAAUCGUUGCCAGCCUACGCUGACCUGAUCAUGCGGGGCAGCGGCUCGUCUUUCUGCAAUAACCUUGCGGAUACCAGAGAAGAGGUGGACGACAGUGGAACAAGCUCGCCAAAGGUGGAUCGAUCUGAUAUAGAGGACAACCCAGAAGAGGGGGAGAUCAACGAAGAAGGGGAGAAAGAGUCUACGGUCGACCCGAGCCACAUCAACCAAAUGGACUUCUACCAAGCCGACCCCUUCACCCACUGUCACAGCGACCAUAACCUCUUUGAUGAAGACCUGUUCCCUAAAACGGACUCAUCUGGUGGAUUUGGAUCAGACCCUUUCAAAGGCAGCGACCCCUUUGGAGCAGAUAUCUUGUUCCCAGAGGUGCACGCCGGCGCUGACGAGGGGAAAGGAAACGCCGGCGAUGAAGGGGACACUAGCCUGUCCUGCGCCGAGAACAAAGCCUCAACAGGAACUCAGUGCUUUGAGUCUGAAUUCCCCGACGAGGACAGCGACAUAGAGAUUAGCUACAGCCGAGAGGAUCUGGACGCCAUUGCAGUGGUUGAAGAUACUCUCGGAUUUAAACCCAUUCAGAGCUCGUCGGAAGAACUGGGACCAGAGCCCAUCCAGGGCUGGAGGUCCCAGGGUCAGUAUUCUAUAGAAUCUGACCCCAAUGGGUAUGAGCUGGACCUUGGCGCUGUCUCUCCUCCCUCGGACUUAGAAGAGCAGAGUCAGGGAUCUCUAGGAGGCGAGGCUUCCACCGAGGCCACAGCAGCACUGAAACAAGGUCUGAGUUCUGGUUCUGCUCAGGCUGUCCCUGAAAUCGCCAAAGAAGUCUGGUUGGAACCAGACUGGUCCUGUGACACAGAGCAAAUGCUGUCCUGUCAUGAUACCUCUAGUCAGGGGGCAGAAUGGGUGGGCAAUGUUGAAGAGGAACCCCCAAACCCUCCAAAACCCCAAAACUCAGUAGACUUCCAAAACCUCUUUGACUCUGAUCACAACAGAGAGGUUAGCUUUGAGUUAAGCUAUGAACCAACCAGUCAGUCUUUCUUUGACCCGUACGGCUUUAAACUCAGUCCGGAACAUUCUAGUCACACCCUUUUAGACCCUGAUGAAGUCGAACUAAGCCCGGAACCCUCUGAAAACAAUCUGCCCUUUGACCCUGAGCCGUCCUCUUCUCAACUAGACCAAAUGAACAUUGAUCGCUAUGAGUUUGACAUCACUUCCUCUCAAUUGGCACGGGACUCAGACCCUUAUGGCUUCAAGCUCAGCCCAGAGGAAGAGAACCAAGAGGUACUGGACCUCUGUGGCCUUGGUAACCAGGAAGCUAUGGACCUUUGCACCUACGACAACAAUGAGCAAGUAGAACACUCUAACUAUAGCAACCAGGAGGUACUGGAACUUCAUACUCAUGAAAACCAAGAAGUGCUUCAACAUUGUAGCCACAAUGACCAGGAACACUUGGAUUUGUUUAACAACGGAAACCAAGAAGUGCUGGAACCUUCUAGGCUUGACAACACAGGUUUAGUUAUCAAUGAAAACCAGGAAUUUAUGGAUCUCUCUCAUCAUGGCAACCAAGAGGUGGUGGAACCCUAUUGCAAUAUUGACAAUGAGGAACUACUUGAACCUUGUAACUAUGACAACCAAGAAGUGCUGGUACCUUUUAGCCAUGGCAAUCAGGAGCUGGACUUCUGUCCAGAAAAUAAGGAAGUGCUGGAUUUAGUUUGCCAUGGGGACGAAAACUUGCUAGAUUUUUUUAGCAAAGAAAAUCAGGAAGUGCUAGUUUCAGGUAGUCAGGGCAACCAAGAACUUGUAAAACUGGGUAGCAAUGAAAAUCAGGAUUUGCUAGACCUCGGUAGCCAUGACAACCAGGAGGUGCUGGCCUUGUUGAGUGAGGAUGUUACUCCCGAAGCGAACAAUAACCAAUGCAUUGUGGAGCCAGACGUCUUUUCCACCAAUAACAGCUCAGACAGUGAUGUGGCAUCAGAAGACUUGCUGGGACUCAAACUCAAUAACACCAGCACCUGCUCAACCAACAAAUCAAACACCAAUACUGCCGACACCCUCAACAUGGCCAUCAGCAAAAUAACUGCCAACCAGGACAUUGCACCAUCUAAUUCUCCUGCCAGACACAACUUGUUAGAGGAUGAUCUGGGUUCAGUGUUUGGGGCUGGAGGUUACAUUGGUUGUCCUGAUGUAGCGGACGACCUCGAGCCGCUGCAGAGAAGGCAGGCAAACCCAGUAGCAGAGCCAGCCCGACCUGUGAGACCAGUUCGGCCGCCCCGGCCCUCGCUCAGGACCAAGGAGAAGGCUCAGUCCCUGAGUCAGGGUAUCGACCUCAAGUGAUCUCUGGCCAACCACACUCAUGUUGGGGGUUACCAUGUCAGCGGGGUUCCCAUGACAACAAUGGCAACCUGAGAGACAAAAUGGAUGAGGAGAAAAGAAGGAGGCAACUAAAUGGAUACAAAAGGGUGGUAAUGAAAAAUGCAGAACUUAGAGAACAAUCUGCUGUUAUUUAUUGCAAUACAUUUAGUUUGGGUGUUUUACAUGUCUCAAAAGGAUGCACUUAAAUCCAAAUGGAAAGAUAUGAAGUGAAAAAUAUUAGAAAAUUGUAAAAUACCAGUGGACUAGCUGGAUAACUAGAUUUAAAGAUCAUCGAUUUUUGUGACCGGUUGGAUUCAUACAAGUCGGGUUGGAAACAACUGUGCACAAAGGAACAAUGUCAGUGUUUCCCCUACCAUUAUAUCAAGGAAAGUCUGGAAUUAAAAGUUUGCUCAGGGCAUCCGACACGUGCGCGCAUAUGUCCGUGUAUGUGAGCGUUGGCCACGACCACUACCGCAUAGUUGUAAAGGUGGGGGAAACACUGAACGCUCUUAAACCCUGGUGGUUUUACCCAAAAUUAUACUUGUCUAUCAAUCAUAAGGUUGAUAUUCUCCCGUUAUUCUCCCAUUUAUUUAAUCAGCUGUUAACCCCUACUCUAUGUCCUGUGAGUCUCUUGGCUAAGCUUCCUGUCCACUUAGUUGCUGCUGUAAAAAAAAGAAUAUCCCAUUUUUGAUUUAAGCUUCUAGAUGGAGGAUGACUUUGUCUGAUUUCGUCACAAAGUUUACUUGUAUAUACAUUAUAUAAUAUUGUGGUAUUCAGAUUAUCUAGUAAGUAGUUUUAGGCCAAAGUUGGAUGAAAGCUGUAUUAAGAGUUUGGUUAGGUUGUACAGUGCAUAUCAAUACCGUCGCCAUGGUAACAUGACCUGUGUUUUCCGUCAGCAGUUCUGUUAAAGUACUCCUCAAAGAGGCUUAGAGUUUGGGCCUGUAUCACUUCUCAGCAUGUUGUCAGAAGUGUGUAUUAAUAUGCCUUUCGCCACAGCUCACCUGCUCGACACUGACGAAAGGUUAAAACCACGGAAGGUCGGCGAAAAAAUAUUUGAAGGGUAUUUGAAGGGCGUCUUGAGCGUUUGAACCCUGUACUUGAAAAUAGGCAUCAUUAGACUUAAACUGUGCUACAGAUGUUACUACAGAGUGUCCCAAUUCCAUUCCAUUUAAUACUCGUACAAAGUGAGAAUUUUGCACUAACAAUGACUGUGCACUAUUUUGGUUGUUAGGAAAGUCAGAGGGUCCUAACCCUGGCAGUUUUUAGCUAACUAUCCAGUACAACUAUUGAUAAAAAUGAUUGAGUUAUGUAUUUAAGUGAUUUAAUGGUGUUAAAGUAAGAAUUAGCUCCUUACCUUUUGAGCCAUAUACUGUUUUAAUAACAAAAGUUCAAAUUUUUUAAACCAGAGUGGGUAAAAGGAAGCUAACGCCUGUGAAUUAGCCGUGCGCUGGUACUGUCCUACCCAGGCCAGACGUCCAUUUAAACGUUGGUUUU